GAUUGAUUUUUUAUGCAAUUUUAAGAGACCAAGACAGUAAAAACUUUCACUGUAUGAAUGAAACAUGGCCACUACUCCUUCCCCUCGAACAGAUCAUAGAACCAAACAUCCUUAUCCGAGUCUGCCUAGUGCUCACAAACACCAUGUGAUAGGAGAUGAAAUUGAGGACGAGGAUAUGGAAGCGCCGAUUAAAACGGUAGUAUAUGUGCCAAAUCGUGCAAAUGCCCGGGGACGAUUUCCCGUGGUCUCUGUUCACAAGAAAAAAGAUGGCCGCUACGUCGUGAUGGAACAGCGACCAGUUCAUACAUUCUUCUCCGGUGAAAAAUUCAAUGACUUGAAAAGUCUAGAGGAGAAAGAAGACAAGAUAAAUCGAGAAACUAAAUACAAAUAUGUUAAGCCACCUUGGAAAUGGUCUUCAAAGGGAAAAUCCAUGGAGAGGUCAUUUGAUCGGAAUUAUUACUAUCCACAUCUUCCUCCCAUUAACAAUCAUAUGGAGACUGUUACUUCAAAGGUUGGAUCCUUGGACAAUGCACAACAUACCCCUAGACCUUCAAAUAAAAAAGUUCCCCAUUUUCAUGUUCAUUGGGAGGCUGAAGCCAAAGUUGGAUCAUUAGAAAAUGUAGACUACAAAAAGCAACGUUCACGUAGUCAUCCUGCUUCAGAAGUAGGAAACAGAUCAGAUAUCAGUGAAUAUGAGACUCACAGUCUACAGCUACCACCGAUCAAAACUAAAUAUGGAGGGAGGGGGGAUGUCGGUGCAUUUGGGAAUUCCCAUUUUACUCCAGGUACAUCCAAAACCUCACCAAGAUCCAUAAAGUCUACAGCCAGGUCAAAAAUUGGCUCGCUAGACAACAUCCACUAUGUACCAGGAGGUGGAGAUGUGGAGAUUCCACAUUUUCCACAUGACUUCAAAGCAGAGUCUAGAAUUGGAUCUUUGGAGAAAGUCUUUCAUAAACCUGGUGGUGGAGAUGUGCAAAUUGUUGACUUAAAGCCAAAAUGGAAAUCUAAACCUAAAGUGGGAUCAUUGGAAAAUUUUGACCAUACACCUCAAAAAUCUAGCUUUAAAGUGCCACACUUUAGUGAAAACUUCCAUCAGAAAGCGAAAGCCAAAAUUGGCUCACUAAAAAAUAUUGAAUACUCCCCACCAUCAAAACAUCCCCAAAUAUUCCACUCAAAGCCAAACUGGAAGAAGGAGUCUAAGAUCAGUGCCAUCUGGAAAACUAAACACAGAUAUGAUGAUCCGUAUGACCUGGAGUAUGAUGAAGAUGCUGAAAUAGAGGCAAGGAUUAGGGAAUUGAUGAAGCGAUGAUUAGAGGA